AUGCGCCGGCCCGCGGCGGGGGCAGGAGGCUGCGGCCGGCCGGGAGAUGCUGCGGCGGCGGCCGGGGGCCAUCGAUCGCCGCGGCCCGAGGCGCUUAAGAAGCUCGGAGAGGGGCUGGCGGGAGGGGCCCGCGCGCACCCCGCCGCCGCCCUCCCGCUCCUUUCCGUAAGAGCGAUGCCAGCGACCCGCCAAUCCGCGGAAAGUCUCCCUCCGUCCGGGGGAGGGCCCGGGAGCUUCAUCCCGGGGGGGGGGGGCGCAGGGGCCGGGUCGCCCGGCUCGAAUCCUGCGCCCACCCCUCACCAGCCCGGGCCCCCGGCUGCUGCCUCUGAGCCUCACCUGUCCCGUGAGGCCAGGACGGCACCUGCCCCGUGGGGUCAACAGGGGACACCUGCCCCGUGGGGCCAACAGGACACCUGUCCCGCGGGGCUAACAGGACGCCUGCCCCGUGGGUCCAGGACACCUGCUCCGUGGGGCCAAGAUGCACCUGGCCCGUGGGGCCAGAACGACACCUGCCCUGUGGGGCCAACAGGACACCUGCCCCGUGGCAAGAUGCACCUGCCCCGUGGGGCCAAGAUGCACCUGGCCCGUGGAGCUAGGACUGCACCUGGCCUGUGGGGCCAGAACGACACCUGCCCUGUGGGGCCAACAGGACACCUGCCCCGUGGCAAGAUGCACCUGUCCCGUGAGGCCAGGACAACACCUGCCCCGUGGGGCCAGGAGGACACCUGCUCCGUGGGUCCAGGACGGCAACUGCCCCGUGGGGCCGAGAGGACACCUGUCCCGUGGGGCCAGGAUGUACCUGCCCCGUGGGGUCAGGACGGCACCUGCCCUGUGGGGCCGAGAGGACACCUGUCCCAUGGGGCCAAGAUGCACCUGCCCCGUGGGGCCAGGACGACACCUACCCCGUGGGGCCAUGGCGGGCAGCCAGUGGCCUGA